GCGCGCCGCCGCUUGCGCUUCUGCCACUUCGCGGGAGAAGUUGUUGGCGCCAAUGGAUCCCGAGCCCCGAUAACGGAUUCCCCCUAGCCGAGGGCCUGCCCACCUGCUCCUCUUCGGUCUUGGGGCUGCGAUGGACAUUCGGAAAUUCUUUGGGGUUAUAUCAAGUGGAAAAAAGCCUGUGAGUGAGACCGUAAAGAAGAAUGAGAAAAUAAAACCUUCGGAGGGAACUGUCAAAGGAAAGAAAGGAGCAAAGGAAGUCAAGGCUGAUAACUCCAGGAGAGAGGAUGUCUCCAAACCAAAGCCGCACAAGAGGAAGAGGAUCAUCUAUGACUCAGAUUCAGAAUCAGAGGAGACAGUGCAGGUAAAAAAUGCUAAAAAGAAAUCAGAAAAAUCAGAAAAAUUGCCACUGUCUUCUAAACCUGGUAAAAUUUCUCGGAAGGAUCCUGUUACUUACAUUUCUGAGACAGACGAAGACGAUGACUUUGUGUGUAAAAAGGCGGCCUCCAAAUCCAAAGAGAACGGAGUGUCUGCAAACAGUUACCGUGGAGCAUCAACCGCGAAAAAGAAUGAAGAGAACACGAAGACCAAGAGUAAACCUUUAUCACCAAUAAAGCUUACACCAACGUCAGUGCUCGAUUAUUUUGGAACCGAAAGUGUCCAGAGAUCUGGAAAGAAGAUGGUGGCAAGCAGAAGAAAAGAGAUUUCUCAAAACAUGGAUGAUUCCAGGUUGAAUGAUGAGGCCAUUGCCAAGCAGUUGCAGCUUGAUGAAGAUGCAGAGCUGGAGAGGCAGUUGCAUGAAGAUGAAGAGUUUGCCCGAACGUUAGCCAUGUUGGAUGAAGAACCCAAGACCAAAAAGGCCCGAAAGGACCCUGAAGAGGGAGAAUCAUUUUCACCUGUCCAAGCUGAUUUAAGCAAAGCAGAAAACCAUAAAAGCCCUGAUAAAGAGCACUUUUUAAACGAAAGGAAGCCCAGCAGUCCUGCUAAGCCCAGCAGGGGUGGGUGCGCCAGAGGGUCUGCGCAGCCCUGCAGAUCGUCAGCUCACCAGAGCGAAGCCUGUUCCUCUUCCAAGGCUAGCUCCAAGCUGGCACUUACGAAAGCAAAAGAAAGUUCCUACAAAGACACAGAGCUGACGGCCUCAAAAAGAAAAGAAAAUGCCAUUGAACCCAAAGGAGAGAACCAAACUCCUAAGAAAACCAAAAGUUCUCCAGCUAAAAAAGAGUCUGUAAGUCCGGAAGAUUCUGAAAAGAAACGCACUAAUUAUCAGGCUUAUCGAAGCUACUUAAAUCGAGAAGGUCCCAAAGCUCUGGGCUCCAAAGAAAUACCCAAGGGAGCUGAAAACUGCUUGGAAGGCCUGACAUUUGUGAUCACAGGCGUGCUGGAGUCCAUUGAACGAGAAGAAGCCAAGUCUCUAAUUGAACGUUAUGGGGGGAAGGUAACAGGAAAUGUGAGCAAGAAAACCAACUACCUCGUCAUGGGCCGGGACAGCGGACAGUCCAAGAGUGACAAGGCAGCAGCUCUGGGAACAAAAAUCCUUGAUGAAGAUGGUCUGUUGGAUCUGAUUCGAACUAUGCCAGGCAAGAAAUCCAAGUAUGAAAUAGCUGCUGAAGCUGAGAUGAAGAAAGAAAAGUCCAAAUUGGAGCGAACACCCAAAAAAAAUGACCAGGGAAAAAGAAAAACAAGUCCAACUGAGAAGGAGUCAGAGUCUAAAAAGAGCAAACUGACUCCCCAAAAGGAUAGCCCUACAAAGGCCACCAAGAAGGAAGUGAAUGUGUUUCGGAGGGGCCUGGACUUCACGGAGCAGGUAGUCAAGGAGACGCCUGGCCACAGCAGGGCUCGGGGUCCGGCCGAGGCCCGCCGUGGGGACCAGGUGGAGAGCCUGCUCUGGGUGGAUAAGUACAAGCCCACCUCCCUCAAGAACGUCAUCGGCCAGCAGGGUGACCAGAGCUGUGCCAACAAACUCCUGCGCUGGCUCCGAAACUGGCGUCAGAGUUCUCCCGGAGAGAAGCAGCACGCAGCAAAAUUUGGCAAACUUUCCAGCAAAGAUGAUGGUUCCAGUUUCAAGGCAGCACUGCUGUCCGGCCCGCCGGGUGUUGGCAAAACCACAACCGCUUCUCUUGUGUGCCAGGAAUUGGGCUACAGUUACGUGGAACUAAAUGCAAGUGAUACUCGGAGUAAGAACAGUUUGAAAGCAAUUGUUGCUGAAUCCUUGAACAACACCAGCAUCAAAGGCUUUUAUACAAGUGGAGCAACUCCUUCGGUAAGCUCGAAGCAUGCUCUCAUCAUGGAUGAGGUUGACGGCAUGGCCGGCAGUGAGGACAGGGGCGGAAUUCAGGAACUAAUAGGCCUGAUAAAGCAUACUAAAAUUCCCAUCAUUUGUAUGUGCAAUGAUAGAAAUCACCCCAAAAUUCGCUCUUUGGUUCAUUAUUGUUUUGAUCUUCGUUUCCAAAGACCUCGGGUUGAACAGAUUAAGAGUGCAAUGCUGUCUAUUGCAUUUAAAGAGGGUUUAAAGAUCCCCCCUCCAGCUAUGAAUGAAAUAAUUUUGGGAGCUAAUCAAGAUGUCAGACAGGUUUUACAUAAUAUGAGCAUGUGGUGUGCACAGAGCAAGGCACUGACUUACGACCAAGCCAAGGCUGACUCUCAGAGGGCCAAGAAGGACAUCAAACUGGGUCCAUUUGACGUUGCCCGGAAAGUGUUUGCAGCUGGAGAGGAGACCGCACACAUGUCCCUGAUGGACAAAUCGGAUCUCUUUUUCCAUGACUAUUCCAUAGCCCCCCUCUUUGUCCAGGAGAACUACCUCCAUGUAAAGCCUGUGGCUGCAGGGGGUGACAUGAAGAAGCACCUGAUGCUUUUAAGCCGGGCCGCAGACAGCAUAUGUGACGGUGACUUAGUGGACAGUCAGAUCCGGAGUAAGCAAAACUGGAGUCUCCUGCCCACACAGGCCAUUUAUGCCAGUGUUCUUCCUGGAGAGUUGAUGAGGGGCUAUAUGACUCAGUUUCCCUCCUUCCCAAGCUGGCUGGGGAAGUACUCCUCCACGGGCAAACAUGAUCGGAUUGUUCAGGACCUAGCCUUGCACAUGAGUCUCAGAACUUACUCCAGCAAAAGGACGGUGAACAUGGAUUACCUGUCACACAUCAGAGAUGCACUUGUGCGACCCUUGGCCUCACAAGGGGCAGAAGGAGUUCAGCAUGUUGUCACACUUAUGGACACGUACUAUUUGAUGAGAGAAGACUUUGAGAAUAUCAUGGAAGUUAGCAGCUGGGGUGGCCAGCCCAGUCCCUUUUCCAGGCUGGAUCCCAAGGUGAAAGCAGCCUUCACAAGAGCUUAUAACAGGGAGGUCCAUCUGACCCCAUACUCACUUCAGGUAGUAAAGACAUCGAGACUCAGCACAGGCCCAGCACUGGAUUCUGAAUACCAUGAAGAGUUACAAGAAGAAGACAGUCAGUCUGAGGAGAAAGAGCAGGACGCAAUAGAGACUGAUGCCAUGAUCAAGAAAAAGACAAGAUCUUCAAAGCCUUCAAAACCAGAAAAAGGCAAGGAGUCCAAAAAAGGAAAAGGAAGUUGGAAGAAAUGAAACCGUUGUUCAGUACCAAGAGCUGCUUUUCACUUACCCUCUCGACUAGUCCAGCUGGUCUAGAGAACAGAAGCCUUACCCUUUGCCAGAGUAACCAUGUGUAGACAAUGGGGUGGGUGGCCUGGUGGUCCCACUAUAAAGGACGGUACAGCUAGACGGGCUG